CUUCUGCCCGGUCCUUGGUGACGUGGGAGGAGCGCUCAGUGGCACUCAGUGGCCACAGCACUGCUUCUGCCGGCACCCAACAGGAAGGAGCGAGAAGCCGGCCAGCUACACUGUGAAGAGGAAGCAACUUCUCCUCUCAGCCGACUCGGGUCUCUUGAAGCACGAGGAGGUAUUAAUCAGGUUGGGCUUUUAACCAUGCUGGGCUCACCUGGAGGCUUUUUCAAGGACGCAUUGUCAAGCAUUCUUUGUGCUACUUCUGAAGUUCUUCCACGUGGCGAUGACUUCCGCUUCACAGGAAUUAUCUGCUAGAAGCCAUGCAUGAUUUGUAACGAUCUCUGGCAAAAUCUCAGGAAAAGAUAUACUCUUGUCUCAGGCCGAUGUGAGAGGCUGUGGCGGAGCCUGAACGCAAAGGCUCCUCUGAGGACAGAGGCACCGCGGCUAGGCACCUGCUCCUCCGGAGGAGCAUGACACCGACAGAAAGGGAGAAACAACCACAGCAAGCACGCGGGCACCAGUGAAAUCAAAACAACCACAGCAAACAAGCAGGCACCAGGGAAAUCGGAGACGGCUCUUUCCAGAACACAGGGUUCCAGCUGCACUGGGGCUCGACUGCAGAGCCCUGAAACCCUUCCCACGUGGGUGGAAAAAAAUGGCCCACCAAGUAGAUCUGGAGUCCAUGAAGGAGUUAGAGCGCGAGGUCAUUCUCCAAGUCCUCUAUCGAGACCAGGCUGUUCGGAGCAUAGAGGAGGAGCGGACACGGAAACUGAAGACGCGCCUGCAGAGCCUGCGGUGGAGCGGGGCGGCCGGCCUGAGCGCGGAGGAGCGGGGCAGGCGCUGCGCGCGGUGCGCACGCGCGCUGGGGCUGCUGCGGGACCGCGGGGCCGCGUGCAGCCACCGCGUGUGCGCCGCGUGCCGCGUGUUCCCACGGGCGUCGCGGGCCUGGAGGUGCACCGUGUGCUUCGAGGACAGAAAUGUGAAAAUAAAAACUGGAGAGUGGUUCUUCGAGGAACGAGCCAAGAAAUUUCCAACUGAAGGUACACGGGAGACAGUCGGGGCAAAGCUCCUGCGAUCUUAUCAGAGGCUGAGCAAAAUUUCUGUGGUUCCUCCAACUCCACCACCUCUCAGUGAGAACCAGUGCUGUGGCAACCCUGGCAGGUUACAUGAACUUGGUCAGUUUAGAGGAUUUAAUAAGUCGGUGGAAAAUUUGUUUCUGUCUGUUACCACCCACAUGAAAAAACUCUCCAAGUCCCAGAACGAUGUGACUUCUGAGAAGCACCUUCUAGCCACGUGCCCCAGGCCGGAUGUGAGCCAGACAGAGAGACGAAGCCAGUCAGACACGGCCGUCAACAUCACCUCCAGGAAGGCCAGUGCACCAGCUAUUCUGAAACCUUUCCAUCAAGAAGAUCUGAAACACUCGACCAGCCCUGUUUUGAAGCAGGAGACUCCUCCCUCGAGUCCAACGCCCAACACUUUAUUUUCUGGAGGCUUGAGACACCGCUUCCUGGAAGCUCUGGGAUUCUGGGAGUCAACCCAGAUGAGCCCCGCUGUGUAUGUGAAAACCUAUCUACUGCCCGACAGAUCUUCCCGGGGGAAACGCAAGACUGGAGUCCAAAAGAAUACCACAGACCCAACCUUUGAGGAGACCUUGAAGUAUCACAUAGACCUUUCCCAGCUGGCCACCCGGAAGCUGCAGGUGUCCGUGUGGCACCUGGGCGCUCUGGCUCGGAGGGCAUUCCUUGGCGAAGUGAUUGUUCCUCUGGCCACGUGGGACUUUGAGGACAGCGCGACGCAAGCCUUCUGCUGGUAUUCCCUCUGGGCCAAGGGUGAGAAAUGCGAAGACAAUGUUCCUCAGAAUAAUGGAGAACUUGCUGUCCGGGCUAAAUUGGUCCUUCCUGCGGGGUCUAGAAAGCCCCAAGAGGCUCAGGAAGGGACAGAUCAGCUGGCCCUUGAUGGUCAACUCUGCUUGGUGGUUCUGGGAGCCAAGAAUUUACCUGUGCGGUCAGAUGGGACCUUAAACUCAUUUGUUAAGGGCUGCCUCACUCUGCCGGACCAACAGAAACUGCGGCUGAGGUCUCCAGUGCUCAAGAAGCAGGCCUGCCCGCAGUGGAAGCACUCCUUUGUGUUCAGUGGCAUAACCCUGGCUCAGCUGAGGCAGUCCAGCUUGGAGCUGACUGUCUGGGACCAGGCCCUGUUUGGGAUGAGUGACCGCCUGCUGGGCAGAGCCAGACUGGGCUCAGAGGCAGGUGCAGCUGACGACGCGGGCACGUGUUCUCAGUCAAAGCUCCGGUGGCAGAAAGUGCUUUCCAGCCCCAAUUUAUGGACAGACAUGACCCUCACCCUGCACUGAGGCGAAGCUCCAGGCUGCCGUGCUGGGGUGCGCGCUGGUGGCACUGAGGGGCCACUGCUGGACAAGACCCCAGGAGCCUAAAACGCAGCCACACCACAUCUGUAUACGCAAGGACCAGAGCAUCACACAGAGGAGACUUGGGUGGGUUACAGGGAAAUGGUCAGAUUUCAAUAAAUGUUCAGACUUGGGGGCCCUGCAGAGAACCCUUGGUAAGUCCUUGGCACCCCACCCCCACACAAGCAGACACCCUGGGCUGCAGUGCCUAGGAGAGCUUUUAUUGUGUACACCUGCAGGCUGGCGUUUGCCCGCAGACUGGGAAGGCCGCACAGGGUAGCAGGGGGAAGGAGCCGGGCUCGGGAGAGCAGCCGUUUGAUGGUCCUUCAGGCGUGUGGACGAAUGGAAGCAGGUCAGAGUCCCUUCAUGGCUGGAGUCGGAAUCAUCUAGCAACAGCAUUUUUCGAACAAGCAGCUUAGGAAUUGGACGCGUGUGGUUAUAUGUACAAAGAACAGUAAAAGAAAAUUUGUACAGCUGUGAUUUCAGCAGGCUGUGGCUUUCCGCUCUUACUCCAGAGCCAGUGCCAUGGUCACAUGUGUUUUUGUGUUUUUAUUUUUUAAUAUGUAAUUUUUAUUCUGUAAAAGGUAACAAAAUAUACAGAACAAAACUUUCCCUUUUAAAAACUAAUGUUACAAACCCUUAUAUAUAAAUACUAUGUCCUAGAGCUGAUCAGGAAUGAGUUAGGUAUAGAAGCCCAACGUUAUAUUCUAUGAAGAAGACUAACAUCGCAGUGUAUCAGGAGUCCUGUACCGUUCGCUGUGAAUGACCACUGCAGACUCGAACUGCUGCAGCGGAUGCUGGAAGAAGGGAAUCGUUGUGUGGAGGAGUGGUAUAGGCUCAGAUUUCCAAAAUAACUUUCUCCCCUCCCCACAGAAACAUGCAGAUGGACCUUUCCUGGAAACCAAGAGCACAGGGGCUUGAGCUCGUCUCAGAACCAGAGGCAGUAUGGCACAGAGAGAAGCCACGACGUGGUUUUCUUUAAUGAUACAGAAACUUGGGUCACAUGGACCAACAGAGGUGACUCAGAAUUUUACAGGCAACUUAAUUCCAUUUGCCCUGCUCCAAGUAGAGAACAGGCAGGGAUUCAAUAACUCAAAAA